GGGGGGUCCCCAAGCACUACCCAACCCCUGCCCCCCCCCAACAGCCCCCCGAACGUUCGUGGUCGGGGUCCUGGGGGGUUCGGGGGGGGCCCCCUGAAUCUCAGGUUCUGGAGACGGUGCUGGGGCUGGAGGGGAAUGGGAGCUGCUGCGACUGCCGGGAGCCGGCACCCGCCUGGGCCAGCGUCAACCUGGGCAUCACCCUCUGCAUCGAGUGCUCCGGCAUCCACCGGAGCCUGGGGGUCCACUUCUCCAAAGUGCGUUCGCUGACGCUGGACUCCUGGGAGCCUGAACUGGUGAAGUUGAUGUGCGAGCUGGGGAACAGCACCCUGAACCGCAUCUACGAGGCUCGGGUGGAGGAGAUGGGGGUGAAGAGACCCCCCCCCGGCUGCUCCCGGUGA